AUGGCCUCUGGUAAGCCAGCCUGCGAGCAGUAUUGCUUGUUUUCAAGCCGUUGUGUGGCAGAUCAUGCUCUCAUGUGGCUAUCUAAUCUUAAAUCUAACGGUACUACUGCUCUAGAAUCGCCCUCAAAAGUCGUUCCUCUAACGUGCCAUGGCCAUUCAAGGCCGGUGCCCCAUAUCAACUUCUCCCCCAUAGUUGGAGAUGAACACCAAUAUUACCUGAUGUCCGCCUGCAAAGAUGGCAAUCCCAUGCUUCGUGACGGAAUUACUGGUGAUUGGAUUGGCACUUUUCUUGGCCACAAGGGUGCUGUUUGGCAGGCCCGGCUAUCAGCAGACGCGAAGAUUGCUGCCACGGCCGCCGCUGACUUUUCUGCAAAGGUGUGGGAUACGCACGACGGUUCGUGCCUCCAUACUUUGCAACAUGCGCAUAUUGUUCGUGCCGUUGCCUUUCCCAUUCAAGACAACCCCCAAGUGCUCGCCACCGGGGGCAUGGAGAAGAAACUACGAAUUUUUGACCUCUCGCGAAGUGAGUCUGGUGGCAGCUCUCCCACAGGCACUAACGGCGGUGCAUCAAAUACCAACGGUUCCGCGCCAAAUUCUUCCAGCGCAACCAGUUUUGAAAUAGGUCCUGGAGUACAUGGAGGUACUAUCAAAUCCAUCAUCUGGAACCAAGAUUAUAACAUCAUUACCACCGCAUGUGACGACCGUAAAAUUAGGUGGUGGGACCUUCGUUCUCAAGUCCCCUGCAAGGAAUACAGUGUCGAUAGCGUUAUUGGCAGCUGUGAGUUAAAUACGCUCUCUGUCAUACCCAAUGACCCUGGCAUUUUGAGUGUCACCUCCGGGAAAUCUGCCUACUUUUUCGAUGGCGCCGCCCCCGGCCGCUUGUUUAAGAAAGUGGAUAUGGAUUACGAACUUGCCAGCGUUGCUGUAAAUGGCCAGGCGAAGAGGUUUGUUACUGGUGCUAUGGGAGACACCUGGGCAAGAGUGUAUGAUCUAGACACCAACCAGGAACUUGAAAUUCAAAAAGGCCAUCAUGGCCCCAUCUGGUCUGUAAGCUACUCACCUGAUGGUAAGAUCUACGGUACAGGGAGUGAAGAUGGAACUAUUAAGUUAUGGAAAGCCUGCAGAGAGCCUUAUGGCCUCUGGAGAUGA